AUGUCAACGCUGGCGUCCACCUGCUCCUCCGCGCAGGGUGCUGCUGCUUCUGCGCCACCAACGACCCCGCCCACCACGGAGGAUGAGGCCGCGUCGUACACAAGCACUAUCGUUCAGCUCCCGCCGACCGUGCCGGAGCUGAUCCAGUGCCUGGAGCAGCAGCACGAGCGUUGCGCUCACCUGACGCGCUGCCUCGAGCGCGUGCACACGGAGACGAGUCGACUGAUGGCAAGCAGUGCCGGAACACAUGCAGAGGAUCGGUAUGAUGCCCUCUUGGCUGCUGCUGCAGACGGCGCUGCCAAGUUGAGCUCCCCACUCACUGAGAGUUCUCUGACAACGUUGACACCGCCGCCGCCGCCUUCUGACUCAAAAGCCCGCUCCUCUGCUGACGCCAGCUCGCCUCCCGCCGUCGUCGUUGCCGGCCGGGUAGUGCGCGGCACGGCUCUGACCGGCAAGGCGGUGGGUGUGACAGGUACGACUCCAACAACCGCCACUGCUGUGCGCGCCGUGGUUGUGGCCGCCGAGCCGUCGACGGUGACGUGGAGCGGUGCGCGGGCAACUACCCCCUUCUCCGAAGAGGUUGCGGAGCUGCGAGUCAGGGCCGUUGCGUUGGAUGCUGCGCAAGGUCUGCUGACUAGCACUCAAAGUGAGCUGAGCACCACGCAGAGUGCAUUGGCCAUGGAGAGGGAGCGGCUCGAGGCUGCCCUGGCGGAGCUAGCCGAACUUCGCAAAGUGCUUCUCGCGGAUGUGAGCACUUCCUCCCUGUCACCGCCACAGGCCGGCAACACGCCGGUUUCUCCGGCGCAUCAACUUGCAGAUAUGCAGACGCGCUUGGGAGAGCGCGAGACGGAGGUGCGCGCGGCACGCCUGCGGCACGAGAGCGCCGCGUACGCUCUGACACAACUGCGGGAAGCGAUGUCCACCAUGACGCGCGAGAAGGCGUUCUUGCAGGAGAAAAACGCGCACCUGGAGGGUCAGCUGCAGCGCCUCUUGACAAGCUCGAUAGAGGCUGCGGCCCACCCGGCACCACGCCAUGCAGCAGCGGCACCACGACUCACAGCCAGCGAGGCGUACCAGAAGGAGGCGCUGGAAAAGCAAAUCAACGACCUGCAUGCCAUGACCGACAGGCUGACGCGCGACGCGAAGAAGCAGGCGGCGCGGCGAGCGAAGGCGGAGGAGGUGGCGCAGGUCCUCCAGAAGGAGAACGCUGAGCUGAAGGCGUCAGCGCUGCUGUACCGCCGACAGGUGAAUGAGAGCGAGCUGGAGCUGGAGCGGGCAAUCUCGCGCAAGGAAGAAGAUGAGCGACUCCGGCAACUGGAGCGAGAUGCAAACCGCCUGCGCAUCGCCUUGCGCGACCGCACCGACCAGUACCAGCGGGAAAAGACGGAGUGGGAGCGGCAGCUGCUCACCUUGUCUCGGCGAGCACGUGUGAACGAAGCGGCAGCGAAGCAGUUGCUGAAGCGCGUGCUAUCCUGCCAGGUUCGAGAGGUGGUGUGGAAGCAGUGCCUACACUCCGCCACGCAACGCGGUGAUCGCGACAAUGCUACGACCCUCGCGACCGCAAAUGAGUGCCCCAAAGUGGCACCGGAGCCGGCCACACCGACUGUCGUUGCGGCAUCGUCAUCGACGUCGUCGCACAUGGAGGACACCACCGUGACGGCUCUCCGUGUCGCUCUGCCGUCGUCCUCUGUGUCCGCUAGUCCGGUUUUGGGGGCCGCCGCAGACACAGCUGUGCUUUUGGACCGAGAGCGGCAACUCAAGGAGUUCAAGUACACCUUUGAACAACGCGUGGCUCUGCUGGAGGCGCAGCGGAAGGCUGAGAUGCAGCAGUUGCUAGCCCUCAACAAAGAGCUGCGCCAGGCGCUCACUGUGUCUCAGGACGGGCUGAGCGAGAAGACCAGACUGCUCGAGGAGGUGCAGCGCUUGUUACCGUCAUCCGCGGUGGUGCCAUUGAGCAACGCCCCCACUGCACCGACAACAACGUCGCACCGGCCCUCCCUCUCGGGCACCUGGCGAGACACAUCGGCGGCGUGGGUUUGUCGCAGUGACGGCGAAGACGGUCCUCCCGCGGCCUCUCUCGGUGACUUCGACACCGACGACCCGCUCCCGUCGACGCAACCCCUCGUCAUGCCGUCUUCACGCCAGAUCACCGACAUUGAACGGCGCUACAACCCGGAGCACAUGUCCACCUGGGAGGCGGUGCAGGUGGAGAACGAGGCGCUACUUGACCGGCUGACCACGAUGCAGGAAGAGAAGUGGAAGCUGACGACAGUGAUCGAAGACCUGCAGCGGCGGUGCGCCGCGCUGAAAGCCGAGCUCAAGCGAAACGCCUCCACGAUGAACCAGCUGUUGGCGGCUGGCGUGCUGACCCCUGCAGCGGUGUCGCGUGGUGGUGAUGAGGGUCGACUACGCUCCCUGCAGUGUCUUCUGCAGGAGACGUUGCAAGCGAAGUUGGAGCUCGAGGAGCGGCUGCAGGAGGCAACGCGGCAGUUGCGGUGA